AUGCAAGUCUUGCGGCAUAAAGCGCUAGACGGCGCAAAACGCUCAGACUUCAAGAUGCAUCUCACUCAGCGUAUCGCAUGCCCCGUCGCACUGCUCAGCUUGGGUACAUGCACACUAGCACGCACGCACGGAGAGACAGUGGAUGCGGUUCGCUACAACGCCACACUGGCAGGCCCAAUUGACUCGCCUCACGGCUAUUUUCGUUUCUAUCCAAAGACGACUCAAAGCGGAGCAACGCCGGUAGCUCAUAUCGAAAUCAAGUUGACCAACUUUGUUAAUAGCACGGCGGGCAACUUUUCUUACCACAUUCACCAGAAUCGGGUGCCAGAUAUCAUUACAAAUCCAGCCAUCGACUGUAUGCAAGCUGGCGGUCACCUGAACUCCAAAGGCGUUGCCGACACAGUCAUCUGUGACCAUGAGCACCCCGACCUCUGCCAAGAUGGCGACUUGUCCGGUAAAUACGGCAAAGUUCCAGCUCUCCAAGUCGCCUCGCCAGCCAAGACGUGGAGAAUCAAAUUUGACGACCCAUUCUUGGCAUUCACCACUGAAGGCAAUGGCAUUGUGGGCCGCUCUGUGGUUGUGCACGACAAGGACAAGAAGCGUCUGGCCUGUGCCAAUAUCGUCGAGUUUCACAGUAGUAAACAUUGA